AUGCUUCAGACCCGAAUUGCCCUACGGGGCAUUCGGCUGCCCUUCAGGUGUCUGCCCUCUCUACCUACACCUGUCCGCGGAUACUCGACAGUCAUCAAUGAAAUUGAAAAGCCUGCCGACAAGCCCGCUGCAUCGGUCUCCUCCUUUAUCGACCCAAACACUUCUUUUGCUCCUCCUCCCAGCCGCGACGACUCUGGUGUUGUGUUGCGCACCUACACUCCACGUACCCCCGGUGUGAGACAUUUGCGACGACCGGUCAAUGACCAUCUGUGGAAGGGCCGUCCCGUCCACAAGUUAACAUUCCCUAAGCGUGGUCAGGCUAAGGGUGGUCGUAACAACUCCGGUCGAGUGACUGUUCGCCAUCAUGGUGGUGGUGCUAAGCGUCGUAUCCGAACCGUCGAUUUCCUCCGCAUGGACCCCGGACCUCAAGCCGUCGAGCGAAUCGAGUAUGACCCUGGUCGCAGUGCACAUAUUGCUCUCACUCGCAGCAAGGAAACUGGAAAGUUGAGCUAUAUUCUCGCGGCCGACGGCAUGCGGGCUGGCGACGUCGUUCAGAGUUAUCUGCCUGGAAUUCCCCAAGACCUAUGGAACAGCAUGGGUGGUGCCGUUGAUCCUGGUGUCCUUGCUGCCAGAACUGCCUGGAGAGGAAACUGUUUGCCAUUGCACAUGAUCCCCGUCGGAACUCUCAUCUUCAACGUCGGAUUGAAACCUGGAAAGGGUGGUCAAAUCUGCCGCAGUGCCGGAACUUAUGCCACAGUUGUUGCCAAGGGUAGUGACUCGCGCCAGAAAACCAUCCUAGAGGAGGAGCCAUUGGCUGAAAACGCAACGGAAGAAGCCAAGGUCGAGAAGAAGCUGUCUCAGCGCGAACAGCAGAAGCAGGAGCGUCUGGCUCAGCACAUCACUGUUCGUCUUUCAAGUGGCGAAGUUCGCCUUAUUCACAAGGACUGCUGCGCUACUAUCGGUAUCACCAGCAACCCGAACUACCACUACACCCAGCUCGGAAAAGCUGGUCGUUCCCGUUGGCGCAACAUUCGUCCUACAGUUCGUGGUUUGGCCAUGAACGCCAUGGACCACCCUCAUGGUGGUGGUCGUGGUAAGUCCAAGGGUAACAUCGACCCGAAGAGUCCUUGGGGUAUUCCGACCAAAUCUGGAUACAAGACCCGCCCCAAGUGGAAGAUCAACAAGGCAGUUGUGCACGCCAGACCUCGCAACCAAGGCCAGCGUCGUCGUGGUUACAACUAG